AUGGCUCUUCCACAGGGGUUUCACAGCCAGGGGGAGGUUGUUUGUAAGCUCAAUAAGUCCAUCUAUGGCCUCAAGCAAGCUUCUAGGCAAUGGUUUGCCAAAUUCUCAAGCACCUUGAUUCAGCUUGGUUUCAUCCAAUCCAAAGCUGAUUACUCCUUGUUUUCCAGAAGACAUGAUAACAUUUUCAUGAUUCUUUUGGUCUAUGUAGAUGAUGUUUUAAUAGCUUGCAAUGACAAGGCUGAAGUGGACAAAUUUAAAGUCAUGCUGGAUGAUAAGUUCAAGCUUAAGGAUUUGGGUGAUUUGAAAUAUUUCCUUGGUUUGGAGGUUGCAAGAUCAGACAAAGGAAUUGCUUUCUGUCAAAGGAAGUACACCCUUGAACUAAUCAGUGAUGCUGGAUUGCUUGGCUGUAAGUGUGCUAAGACUCCCAUGGAGCACAACUUAAAGCUGAGCAAGUUUGAAGGAGAAGAACUUAAGGAUCCUAGUCAUUAUAGAAGGCUUGUGGGCAGGCUCUUGUACUUAACAAUCACAAGACCUGACAUCACUUUUGCUGUCCAUAAACUCAGUCAGUUUAUGUCCAAGCCAAGAAGACCACAUCUGAGUGCAGCACAAAGAGUGUUGCAGUAUUUGAAAGGUGAACCAGGCAAAGGACUCAUGUUCUCUUCUAGCACAAACCUGCACCUGAAAGGAUUUGCUGAUGCAGAUUGGGCUGCAUGUCCUGACACUCGAAGAUCAGUGACUGGCUAUAGUAUCUUCAUUGGUGAUUCUCUAGUGUCUUGGAAGUCCAAGAAACAAUCCACAGUAUCAAAAUCCUCAGCUGAAGCUGAGUAUAGAUCCAUGGCAAUAGCAACAUGUGAGAUAGUGUGGAUCUUAUACUUUCUCAAGGACAUUGGAGUGAAUCAUGAAAAGGAGGCUCUGCUGUUUUGUGACAGUCAAGCUACGUUGCAUAUUGGCUCCAAUCCAGUCUUUCAUGAGAGGACAAAACACAUAGAAAUAGAUUGUCAUGUGGUGAGGGAUAAGGUGUUAGAAAAGGUGAUUAAGUUGAAUCAUGUUAGAUCAAACUGUCAGUUAGCUGACCUGCUUACUAAAGCUCUGAAUUACAAUCAGAUCUCAACUCUUACUUGUAGAAUGGGAAUGCUUAAUAUACAUACCCCUGCUGCUCUUGAGGGGGAGUAUCAGAGUUCAAGUGACAGAGUCAAGAUCAGUAGCAAGAGCAGAAGAGAAGUCAAGGAUAUAGAGGAUCAAAACACUGAACAUAAAGAUGUUGAUUCUGUAGCAGAGCAUAAACGGCAGGUCAAUGUAAAAGAAGAAUAA